CCUCUAUGUAAAACAAUGUCUCACUAGAAAGUUUAGGCAGGAAUCCAGUGAUGGGAUAAUGAUGAUGAGCUUGUGUUUUUUUUUAUAACCCCCUCCACCCCCCAAAUCAUAGACUAAGGCUAGGGCUGUGCAGGAGAUCUCACUAAAAUGCCCCUUGACUCCCUGCCUUGGCUGCAGCCUGUGCUGCCCCUUCCAGGGCUGGAAUUGAAGCGUUAGCUCUGCACAAACUUCCCCAACUUGCUUUGUGUGGAGUCACCAAGGGGGGCUCUGCUGACAUUCCUCCCCUGGGCAGCCUGUCCCAGGUCAUUAAGCACUGCUGGGAAUAUAUAUAUAUAUAGCCAUGGAGAGCAGAGAGGAGAAGGCAGGAAGCUAAGGACACUGCUCUCAGCCAUUUGUGGAAUUCUCUGCUGCCGGAUAGAGUUACUGUACAAUGGCUUUGCCCUGCGCCAGCUGGCUGUCUAAUGAAGCCCUGAAGCACCUCUUCCUGCUUUCCUGGCUGGCUCUCAACAUUGGGCUGUUCUAUAAAACCUUUACGGUGUAUUACAGCGGACCCCAGUAUUUUUAUUUACACCAGAUGUUGGGGUUAGGAUUGUGUGUGAGCAGAGCCUCCGCGUCCGUCCUCAACCUCAACUGCAGCCUGGUACUCCUGCCAAUGUGCCGCACCGUCAUUGGCCUGCUCCGGGGGCCCAAAAUGGUUCUGAGCAGGAAAACCAGGCGGAUGUUGGACAAACACAAAACAUUCCAUGCCGCUUGCGGCUUAGCAAUAUGUUUAUUUUCAGCCGUCCAUGUUGGAGCGCAUGUCCUGAAUGCUGUGAACUUUUCAGUAAAUUACAACCAUGAAUUCCCUUCAAUAAAUGUUGCGCGUUACAAGAAUGAGGAUCCGAGAAAAAUAAUCUUCACUUCGGUUCCUGGAGUGACCGGGGUCCUCAUGGUGUUGAUUUUGUUUCUGAUGUGCACAGCUUCUACGUCUUCCAUCAGGACGGCAAAUUAUGGCAUCUUUUUGCACACACACAACCUUUUCUUCAUCUUCUACCUGUUGCUGCUGCUUCAUGCUUGUGCAGGCGUUCUGAAAUACCAGAGUAAUUUGGAGGAGCACCCUCCCGGCUGCCUCUAUCUGAACAGAAGUGCGCAGGGCGAGGUUCCUGGGGCGGCAGCUGAUGGGGGAGAGUUUCCUGGCAGGGCAGCGAGGGCGCUGAUGGGAAGUUUUUUCUCCCAUGAGGAUAUGUCCGUUCAUAAUAACUCGGAGAAAAUAUGCACCAAGGGACCGACAUUUCGGCCGCAUUUCCCAGAGACGUGGCUAUGGAUAUCCGGCCCCUUGUGCUUAUACUGCGCAGAAAGGUUGUACCGAUAUAUCAGAAGCAGCAAACCCGUCACCAUCGUGGCUGUAAUUACGCAUCCUUGUGAUGUUGUUGAAAUCCGUAUGGUUAAAGAGAAAUUCAGUGCAAGGCCUGGCCAGUACAUCACCCUGCUGUGUCCAAGUGUCUCUGCUCUGGAAACCCAUCCAUUUACUCUCACAAUGUGUCCUACAGAGUCGAAGGCAACAUUCGCAAUUCACAUUAAAGUGGUGGGAGACUGGACGGAAAGAUUUUAUGAGUUGCUGGAAUCCCAUCUCACUGCCGGCACAGAAAUACUCCCAAAAUGUCAGCAAAGAAAACACCCAAAGAUAUAUGUGGAUGGGCCGUUUGGAAGCCCCUCGGAAGAAGUUUUCAAUUACCAAAUCAGCCUGUGUAUUGCUGGGGGCAUCGGUGUAACUCCAUUUGCUUCUGUACUCAACCGGCUGCUAGAUUCCUGGGAUGGCUGCAAACUGCAGAGACUGUACUUCGUGUGGGUUUGCAGAGACAUCCAUUCCUUUCUCUGGUUCGCAGAUCUCUUGUGCUUGUUGCACAGAAAGCUUUGGCAGGAAAAUCGACCCGACUACUUGAAUAUCCAACUGUACCUCAGCCAGACCAAUGGAAUUCAGAAUAUAAUUGGCGAAAAAUAUCAAGCUUUGAACUCGCGGCUUUCCAUCGGACGCCCCCAGUGGAAACUUUUGUUUGAGGAGGUAGCCAAGUCAAGCAGAGGGAAAACAGUUGGCGUUUUCUGUUGUGGCCCGAAAGGAAUAUCCAAAGAACUUCAUAAACUGUGCAACAGCGCUAAUCAGUACGGGACGACGUUUGAAUAUAAUAAAGAAUCAUUCACUUAGAAGCCAACAAGGAUGAGAUGAUACAACAGUAACCAAAUAUGAAACGGCCCCAAAUACUAGAACCUUCGUCUCUACAUCUUACAGGGAACUGAAUAUACCGCGAUGCACAAUCUGGCCCAACUGUGACAAUGUUGUUCUCUUUGGGCAGCUUGAUAGGAUUACCGUGAAGGAAAAUGAAUGAACCUGAAGAUACUGCGUCUACGCGUUUUGAACCUUUUUUCAAAAAUUUUUUGUAGAGUCUCUACACAAAAGGAGCGUCACUCAACACAAAAUAGGUGGGAUGUGCCUGGAUGUGUCAUAGGUGGAUCUGGUUGAGUUGGGGGUGGAUCUGGUUGAGUUGGGGGUGGAUAUGGUUGAGUAGUGGGUGGAUCUGGUUGAGUUGUGGGCGGAUCUGGUUAAGUUGUGGGCAGAUCUGGUUGAGUUGGGGGUGGAUCUGGUUGAGUUAGGGGUGGAUCUGGUUGAGUUGGGGGUGGAUCUGGUUGAGUAGUGGGUGGAUCUGGUUGAGUUGGGGUGGAUCUGGUUGAGUUGUGGGUGGAUCUGGUUGAGUUGUGGGUGGAUCUGGUUAAGUUGUGGGCGGAUCUGGUUGAGUUGUGGGUGGUUCUACGUGUUAUUCAGGCCAAUUGGGAGAAGCAAAUGUUGACAUUCCAGAAAACUUCAACUCCCAUAAUUCCACUAACCCAGACGGUGAUAGAUCAGCAAAAUCUGGAACACUUGGUAUUACCUCUUUCUACUUAAUCAUUGGGAACAUAUAAUUUCUAUUUUAUUCAAGGGAAUACAAUGUGCUGUGUUAGAGCAUCGAUAUAUAUAUACACUGUAUAUCUGUAAAACAUUCCAUACCAUCAAGUCUUCAAUGCAGUCAUGGCUAGAAAAUCACAUUUUGGACAUAAUUUGAUGAAAAAAUCAAUACCUAAGGUUAAUUUCCAGAUUCUGACAGUUUCCAAUAUGGACACUUGUUCUGCCAUCACAUUAAAUAUAUAUAUAUAUAUAUAUCUUUA